AGACCCGCCUCCUGCCACGUGCCCGCCCCGGGCCAACCAGUGCCCGGCACGUGACCCGCCCAGCCCGCCAAUCGCAGCUCGGGCAGAGCGUCGUGCGGAGGCCCCGCCCACGCGUCGCCGUCACGUGACAGCGCAGCGGCCCGCGCCGGACCCAGGCUCUGUGAUGUUGUCUCAGAUUUUCAUUCUCUCCUCCAAGGGAGACAGACUCGUCCACAAGGACUUCCGUGGCGAGGCCAGCGGGGGCAGCACGGAUCUGGUGGACACUUUCUAUAGGAAGAUCACAGCCCUGCCCAGGGACCAGGCCCCCGUCUUCAUGGCGCACGAGGGGCUGCACUUCGUCCACGUGCGUCACGCCGGCCUCUACUUCGUGGCCACGACGGGGCACGACGUUUCCCCUUUCACCAUCAUCGAGUUCCUGAACCGGCUGGUGACGCUGGUCCGCGAUUACUGUGGCUCCCUCAGCGAGAAAACCGUCAGCCUCAACUUCGCUCUCAUCUACGAGCUGCUGGACGAGAUGCUGGACUACGGCUACGUGCAGACCACGGCGCCGGAUGUGCUGUGCAACUUCAUCCAGACAGAGCCUGUGCACAGCAAGGGCUUCAGCCUGCUGGCCCUGGGCAGCGUCGGCCUGUUUGGAGCAGAGACGCAGCAAAGCAAAGUGGCUCCGAGCUCGGCCGCCAGCCGCCCUGUGCUGCCCCCCCACGGGGACCAGGGCGCGAGGAACGAGGUGUUUCUGGACGUGGUGGAGAGGCUGACGGUCAUCAUCGCGGCCAACGGCACCCCCAUGAAGGCUGACAUCCAGGGAGAAAUCCGCCUCAAGAGCUACUUGCCCAGCUGCCCCGAGCUGCGCAUCGGGCUGACGGAGGAGUUCUGUGUGGGGAAGUUGGAGCUGCGAGGCUACGGCACCGCCGUCCGCGCCGACCAAUGCGCCUUCCACAGCUCCGUGAAGCUGGACGAGUUUGAGAGCAGCCGCAUCCUGAAGGUCAAUCCCAGCCAGGGGGAGCUCCCACUGAUGCAGUACCAGCUGUCAGACGACAUCCCCUCGGCCCUGCCCUUCCAGCUCUUCCCCACCCUGGAGCGGGACCCCACGGGCAGGCUCCGUGUUUACCUCAAGCUCCGCUGUGACCUGGCGCCCAAAAGCCAGGCCCUGAACGUGCGAGUCCAGCUGCCGGUGCCGAAGGGGGUCGUCAGCCUGUCCCAGGAGCUGAGCAGCCCCGAGCAGACCGUGGAGCUGCAGCCCACCCUCAAGGCCAUUCGCUGGGUGAUCCCGCGCGUCCAGGGGGGCUCCCAGCUCUCCGCCCUCUUCAAGCUGGAGGUCCCAGGACUGAGCAGCUCCUCGCUGCUGGAAGUGGGGCCGGCGAACAUGUCCUUCGAGCUGCCCAUGCACACCUGCUCUGGCUUGCAGAUCCGCUUCCUGCGUUUCACGGCCCCCCCAGCUGGGCUGCCCCACCGCUGGGUGCGCUACGUGACCCACAGCGACUCCUACGUCAUCCGCCUCUGAGCCCAGCCUACCGCUGGCUGCGCUACGUGACCCACAGCGACUCCUCCGUCAUCCACCUCUGAGCGCAGCCCCACCGCUGAGUGUGCUAGGUCAUCCUCAGCAACGGCUCUCUCAUCCACCUCCCUGGCCUGCAUCCCCUGCCCCACGGCAUUGUGCAGUAACUCCUAGGGCGUCCCCUCGGCGCUGCGCUCUUCCAGGCUAGUCACCUCCCCGCACACAGGACUCUGGCAAUAAACAACUUUAUUCAUGAGUAGAACUAACCCCCUAACAUCUGGAACAGCAGCCCGGUCAGGGCACCGACAGAGCCUGGCCGAGACCCAUCGACCCAGACUCCCCAGGGUGCUCACCCCCACUGGGAGGCCGGUCCUGGAGCCGGGCCACAGAGAAAGGACCUGGUGUGUAAUUCCCUGAGAGAGGCCCCGUUCCCGGACGGGUGGUCUCCUGCCUGCUCCAGCCACAUCAGGGAUCCUGCGGGGAAGAGAUUCCCAGUAAGACUUGGCUCCCCCCACUGCAACACAGCAGGUGCCCCCUCUCCCCCGGCUCUCACACUUCCGUGCGCUCACCUCGAUGCCGAGGAUGGUGGAGUCGAAGAGGUCCCGGAGCUGCUCACCCUGGGAGCUGUGCGAGCGGAUCAGCGGCUGGAGAGGCAAACGCCAGUACCUUAGUGCCCUCUGUGCCCCCCAGCCCAGCCCCUCCUGCCGCCAGCAAGCCAGCCAGAGUCCUGGCUGCAAGGUAGAGAGAGCCCCAGGGGAAGGGGCUGUGGGGAGCCAGGCCCCGGACGCCCCGCUGGACGCAGCUCAUGUUAGGGUCAUCCCCAGCCAGGCUGUGUGGAAGGGGCCUGCCCCAGUCAGGCCGGGGCUCACAGGCCCUCAACACAUCACCAAUAGCCCUUCCCGCCAGGGCUCCCCUCACCAUGUCCAGUCCCUGGGGAUCCUCCUCAUCACUGCUCUCCUCCUGGAUCACCAUCUCCUCCUCCUCCUCCAUCAGGCUGAGCCUAGGGGACACAGGGCAGGGUCAAGGGGGCUCUGGUCCAGAGAGGGAGAGCCGCCCCCCAGGACAGCGACUACUCCUCACCGGUCCAUCCUGCUGCCCAGCCCAGGUCUCAAGGCGCUCCGGGGGACCAGGAGCUGCUGCCAGCCGGGGGAUUCUCGGGAGCGCUGGGAGCUGAACCAGGGCUGGCUGCAAGGGACAGGAAGGCAGCAGGGUCAGAGCAGGUUAAUCUGUCCCCCAUCCCCGCUGGCUCUGCCCUGCCCCCCAUGGGUCUCACCUCUGCACGAAGUCCGACUCGGACCCCUCCUCCUCCUGCAGCUGCGCUGGGCUGCCCGGCUGGCGCCCCCUUUUCAGCACCGUUGAUGUGAGCAUCGGGGUCUCCAGGCGGCUGCUCAGCUGGAGGCUGGAAUGCCCUCGCUGAGACGAGUCUGGAACAGGAGAGAGACAGAUGCCAGGUGAUCCAGUCCUGGCCCCGGAGUCACCCCACUGUUCCCCCCGCUCUGCUGGUGCCCCCCAAUCCUGACCCACAUCCCCUGCUAUCCCAGCCUUGGGCUCUCCACCCCCCCACUCGGUCUGCCAGUGCACCUCAAUCCUGACCCGCAGCCCCCCACUGUGGUGCCAGCAGACCAACGUGCCCAUGUCUCAGUCAAACACUGACAGCUACACAGCUGGAAGCUGUCCGGCUCACCUGUGCGUUAGUACUGGUGAAACUGGUAUUAGAAUGGUAAGAAUAUGUUUAGACUAUGCUUGUGAGCGGCUGCCUGUAUUAAUCUCACAUGUACCAUCCAUGUCCCACGUUGCAUGGUAGCAUUUGGGCCUGUGACUGUAAACCACCAGACAGGAGAGAGACAUUAACUAGCGCUAGGGGCUGGGACGGUGCAACUGGAACUUCCCUAGGGACUGUCAGCAAGAGGACACGAGACUUCUACUGUUCUGCACUCUUCCCCAGGAAGGAGAGUCAUGCAAGCGGACUCCCAGCAGGUGAGCUUGCAGCUCAGAACAUGGCCGGAGGGGAAUAAAGCCCCUGACAAGAAGGAACUGAUUACGCUGGAGGCGAAGAGUGUGAUUGUAGACAUGACUGGCUUACAGAGCUUGCAGACUAUAGCAGCUUUCAUUACCUUUUGAAAUUUAAGAUUGUAACUCA